AUGGCGCAUAAGUUGGUUCAAAACAUCAAGAUCGCGCCUUUCGAGGCCACUGUGGGCGACGAUAUCCCUAAGGUCGCUGCUACCCUUCGUGCCACGUUCAGAUCCCAGAAGACCAAGGAUGUCGAGUACCGCCUGGUGCAGUUGCGCAAGCUCUACUGGGGGUUGACAGAUCUGUCCGAGAAGCUCGUGGAGGCAAUGAGGCAAGACUUCAAGAAACCUGCUCAUGACUCGGAGAUUUCGGAGGUUGGAUGGGCUAUCCAGGACUGCUUGUACACAAUCAAGAACGUGGAGAAAUGGGCAAAGGACGAGAGUUACACUGAUGUGGACCUGCAGUUCAAGCUGCUCAAGCCCACAAUUCGAAAGGAGCCUCUUGGAGCUUCUCUCAUCAUCGGCACAUACAACUUCCCCGUCAACCUGACUGUUUGUCCUCUUAUUGGCGCCAUUGCCGCCGGAUGCCCAGCUGUGCUCAAGCCGUCGGAAGGUGCACCAGCCACCGCUGUAGUUUUGAAAGAGCUAAUCGAGAAUUACUUGGACCCAGAGGCCUACAAGGUCGUCAAUGGUGCGGUACCCGAAACCACUGCUCUCCUCAACGAGAAGUGGGAGAAGAUCUUCUAUACUGGUGGUGAGAGUGUCGCCAAGAUCAUUUCUAAAAAGGCCGCUGAGACUCUCACUCCUGUCACCCUAGAGCUGGGCGGCAAAAACCCAGCCUUUAUUUCCAAGAAUGCAGACUUGGCACUGGCAGCUCGGCGAUUGAUGUGGGGAAAGACCAUGAAUGCAGGACAGGUGUGCAUGUCCGCCAACUACGUUCACGUUGACAGGGUCGUCCUGGAUGACUUUAUCCGAGUCCUCAAUGCUACUUAUGAUGAGAUGUUUCCCAAGGGAGCCAAGCUCAGCCCCGAUUUGGCCCGUGUCAUCAAUGAGCGUCAUUUUGAUAGAAUGAAGAACAUGCUUGACAACUCCAAGGGCAAGGUUGUUAUGGGAGGUGAGACUGAUAGGGACGAUUUGUAUAUUGCGCCAACAGCGGUACUUGUCGACUCCCCUAACGACUCGAUGGUCCAAGAGGAAUCUUUUGGCCCAAUCUGGGCCAUUUUACCGUACGAUGAUGUUCAGGAUGCCAUCAACGUGGUAUACGAGGUAGACCCGACACCCUUGUCGCUCCAAACCUUUGGCAAGAAGGACGAAAACAACAGGAUUCUGAACAACAUCACAUCUGGUGGUGCCUCGAUCAAUGAUGCCUACAUGCAUGGUUGUGUGGUAUCUCUUCCCUUUGGUGGUGUAGGUACUUCUGGCCAGGGUGCAUACCGCGGAAAGGCCUCUUUCGACACCUUCACACAUCGUCGUACUGUCACGGAGACACCCGGUUGGAUGGACAAGCUCCUACGAGUGCGUUACAUGCCAUACUUGGACUCGGAGCUCAAGCGCUUUGUGUGGAUGAAUUCUUCGAAGCCCAACUUCGACCGCAGUGGCAAGAAGAUUGCGGGACUGAGCUACUGGCUAUGGUUUCUUUUCGGCCUCGGUAGCCCAUCGACAAAAGGUGCGUUGUUCCGGUGGCUAUUGGUCUUGACGAGCGGCUAUACAUAUGCGAAUGGGUUUAAUAACGUUGUUCCGAGGUGGUUAGGCUCCUCAGCAUAA